AUGCCUUCUAGCAAGAGCAGCAACUCUGAUGGUGAUGACGAUGUCGAGCCGGAAGGGACAGCGACGAACGAGAAGCCCGAGACGGUAGGAGCGUUCAAGUGUGAUUAUCCUUCUUGCAAGAAGACUUUUACACGCAAGGACCACUUGAUCAGACAUCAAGCCAACCACUCCACCACCAUAUUCACCUGUCCAACCUGUCAUCGUCCCUUCAAACGACUCGAUCUCUUGCAGCGACACGAACGCCGUAACGUCUGUACCUCCGAGCCCGCGAACAGCGCAAACGGCGGCGCCUGGUCCGGCAAGGGAUCACGCACGAGCCGAGGCAAACGCGCACGGAGCCCCUCAUCCUCCUCUUCUUCGGGACACGGGACAUCCAUGAUGUCUCGCGCGAACGCCGCCGCUUCUUCUUCCUAUCUUCCGUCCGCGGGCAUCGAUGUCGGAUUGCAACUUACCGGGUUUGAGAUGUUUGAGGGAUGGGACCCCGUCUUUCUGCCGCAGGAGGAUUGGCUGCCCAGCCUGACCGAGUCGAUGGCGGGGCCAUACAAUGAGCCGAUAAUUCCCGUGGAGCUACCAUGGAAUAUGACAUUGACGAGGGCUCAAGAGUCGUCGGCGAGGGGACAGGAGUUGAUGGCUUCUGUUACGCUGGCUUCAAGGCUACAAGCAGAGUAUCUGCUCUACGACUUCUCCUUCUCCGUGGUGACAGACUACCUUCGUCUGUACUGGUCACACGUCGCCCCCUCCUUCCCCUUCAUCCACCGCGGCACCCUCGACCUCGAUUCUGCACCCACCUACCUCGUCGUCCUCAUGCUCAUCACCGGCUCCGUUCACUCCACACACCGUCAAGACUUCUCCCCACUCAUCACUACCAUCCGGGGCGAGCUGGUCCAGCAAUGCGGAACCGAUGCGCCCGUCUCGAUCUUCCAGGCAUUCACGCUCUGUCACAUCUACGACACAUGGUAUGGGAAUCAAGAGAGCCUGUUUGUCGCGCAGUGCAUGUGGUCCACGGUCGUUGCGCAUAGUCGGAAGAAAGGGAUCGGAGUGCAGGGUGCGAGUGCUGGAGAAGGGGAAAAUGAGGUCUGGGCCAAUUGGGCAAAAGGCGAGGAACGUCGUCGUGCGGCCUACUGCGUCCUCAUGCUCGACACUCAGAUCUCGGCAUUCUGGAACCAACACUCUUCCCGCCAACUCUCUAUAUUCGCCCAUGAUCUCCCCCUUCCCUGUCCCCGCUCACAAUGGGACGCCACGUCCGCAGGCGACUGGCUACGCGCCCGAUCAAGCACCACCGCCGCCUCGCCCUCCACGGCUUUGUCUGGUGCAGGACGCCGACACGCGCGCGGAACGUAUCUGCCCGGCCUGCACCCCGAGUUUCGCGUCACCCAGGUUCCCGAGGGGUUCUCGUCUGCUAUACUGAGCGCCAUGGUAGCGCAGGCGGAGUUGCAAUUCAGCGUAGAUGUGGAUAGUAGUCUGGCGGUACAGAUGGUCCUGUUGGGAUUGAUGGGCACGGCAUGGGAUCAUCGGAUCAAAGGUGGGAUGGGAAUCAAGUUCAAGGAGGGGGCAAAGCAUUGGAGAAAGUUGACGCAGGAUGCGUUGAUACAUCUUCGAGCGACAUGGGAGGGCGCGACUCAGCAUUCGAGCUCUUCGGCCGAGACUAGGGACAUGCGGGAUACGUUCGGGAUAAGCAUCUUGUCGGUGCUCUCCGACAUACCUAUGCUUCUUGCUCUAGCGGGCGCCCCGACGAUCUGCGGCUCAGCGCUCUCCAUCCGCCACUUUGCAGACGCCAAGAAACGCUGUCGACUCUGGGCCAAGACUGAUGACGCAUUCACAUGUCUGUGGCAAUCGACGCGAUACCUCAAACAGGCUCUGUUCGCGGACUGGGGCGUGUACACCCCCUGGGCUGUCUUCUUGACUACUGUACGUUCCCCUUUAUAUUCUCCCGCCUCUUCGAUCAACAGAACCUGA